CUUCACAGGAGCUACUCAGAGAGUGUGUGAAGGCUGGGUGGGCUGUGUGUUUGUCCAUUGAAGGUAUUUUCUCCCACCACCGAGCUGAGGAGGGAUGCCUGAGGAGAGGACGACACCCCCCCUCCUCCCCUGCUCACAUGACUGCGAUUAGAGGAGGAGUGUGGUGGGACACAGAGAGCGAGAGAUGGUAUGAGGGUGCUACACUGGUGCAUGCUGGGAGUGACCAUCCUCCUGCUGGCGUGUGAGGUCACCAUCAGUCAGCUGUGCAAGUCCCUUAUCACCUUAGUAGAUGGUUUCCAUACGCUCUUCAUCCUCUUGCGCAUGGCUCUUCCUCCUUUGGACUCCUCUACAUCUCCCCCACAUGCUUCCUCCUCUUCAUCAGCACUGCCUUCCCCUCCACCUGCAGAGUCAUCCAUUGAAUCUCCACCUGCGAGCCCGGUUGGUGGGCCUCCGGCCUGUGGUGUGUCCUACACCAGCAGCAGGGUUCAGCCCGUGGGAUCUUUCAUCUCCGCUCUGCUCCUGACCUCUCUGUGUCUCUCUUACUUCCUGGAAAUCAUCGGCUUUACUCUGGACCCACACCCAGUGCAGCGCCCCCUGCUGCUGGUGGCGGUCGGAGCUGUCAGUGUGCUGCAUAAGAUGCUGGUGGUCUGGCUGAACUGGGAUCAGCUGCAGGAGGAGAAGGCAGGGCCCUGCAGGAAGUCCGAGACCGAAUCUCCCCUUGAAGUGAACCGCAAAGUCUUGACUGCAGAAGAAACUAAAGGGAGGGCGGAGCAGGGUCGCGUCCUGGAGGACGGUAGCCAUAUCCACUCUGCCAUGAACGACUCGCACAACAACGGGGCGCUUAUCCUCUGUAACCCGGGAACCUCCAGCGUCCCUGACACUGACUUUCAAACUUUACAGAAGCCAGAAGUCCACCUGCAUGCAGCAGCUUUUCAGGACAGCAGCAACUGUGGAGCUGCCAGCAGUGUUUCACAUUUAAGGGUUAACAAGUGCAUAGGACAUCUUGACAAUCAAAAUGCAUCUAAUACCUCCCCAGUCUUCAAGUCAACAUAUCACACAGAGAGUACUUUACCAAUCAGUAAGUGGCCGGUCAGUCUCCUGUCGUUCGUCCUGGUCCUUCAGGGUCUCUGUACCUCUCUCCUGGCUCUGACCAACAGCCUGGUGGUGAUGCUUAUCGGCCCACAGUUGCUGCACAGCACUGGGACCUGUGGCCUGCUGGUUUACCUGGAUCCUGGCCUCUCCCUGCUCGCUGUGAUAAUGCUAAUUGUCACAGCUCUGCCACAGGUGCACAGGUAUGUACUGCUGCUGCUACAGGCCACACCGCCACACAUUUGUGUGUCUGAUCUUGGACGGAGAAUUACAAGUGUACCCGGGGUGCAGGCUGUGCACGACCUCCACGUGUGGCAGCUAACUGAAUCCUUCACGGUGGCCUCUGUCCAUGUACAUUGCCAUGCUGGGUUUCCAGUGCACAGGUGUGCUGACCUGAUGACGGGGGUCACUAAGGUGCUGCAGAGUGUAGGAGUGAGCUGCUGCACCGUUCAGCCAGAGUUUGCCUCCUGCCCUGAUUCCUCAGCAGGCAGUGCAUCGCCCGUCCUCCACAGAGAGGACCCCUCCCUACCUCCUCUUCUGUUCUGCAGCCUCGCCUGUGGAAAGGCCUGCGCUGGGAAUAUGUGCUGCUCCUCCCUGGACGACACCAGGAGCCUGCUGGCAGCAGCAGCUGGAGAAACAAAGGAAGAACCUCAGACUCUGGUCAUCGAGAACACCUUCCUCUGACUGAGAGAACUGCACUGGAAGAGCUUAAUUAACUGAAUGUAGGGGGAAAUAUUUUGUGCCUGGACAUAUGUUAUUGUUCUGUAGUUUUGUGACAUUAACACAGUGCUGUCCCACAGAUUUUCUAUGCAAUAUCAAGUGCAAUUCUGUCAAAGUGGAGGCUUUUUUGUUGCAUUGCUUCAUUUG